UUCUGGCUCUGUCCCGGAGACUCCCCACGCCAGCCCACUCCCGGCAGGCCUAUAAUGGACAAGGUGGAUUGGUGCCGAGUGUUCACCCGUCCAGUUUUAUUGUCACAUCUUCAAAUCAGUCGAAUCCCGGGGUCCUGGCUCUCUCCGGGGCUGCUUCGCCGGGUCUUGUCCCGGGCCCUGAACCCAGGUGCAAGUCUCGGAGCCCUGUGGGGCCGCAGCACGAGCCUGCUGCACGCCCGCCGGAGAGGACGCAGGUUUGGUCCGCGCGUCCGCAGUCUCAGGCCCGCGCGGGCCGGAGGCGACCCCGAGCCGCCCUCGCGCUGGGAGCAGCCAGCCCCGCGGUCUCCAGCGGCCGCAGCCCGGCAGCUCCGCGCUCUCGGAACGCGGCCUGCAAGGCGCGAGCGGCGAGAGCCAGGCCAGCCCCCGCCGCAUGCCUGUAUCCCAGGGAGGAUUCUGGUCUGGCAUGAACAGCGGGGUAAAUAUACGACUGCUGUUCACUCGGAUGUGGGGCUCCCAUUCCAGAUAAGGCUCGCGUCAAGUCGACAUCUUAGGAACGUCCCGGGGUCGCGGCGGCGGGAGAUGGCGGCGCGAGCGCCUCUUUGGUGGAGCCACACUGCCAUCUGCUGGUCACACGCUCGCGUUGCAGCCCCCGCAGCCCCGGGACGCCUGAACUUCGCCAGUCGCAGCUCAGCAGUGCGCGAAGCGUCCCAGUCCCAAAGGCCGGGCAAAUAGGAACCUAGUCCAGCUCCUCCGGGCCCAGCUCCUCCGGGGCUUCUCCACCGACUGCCGAAUGGACA